AUGCUCGGUUUAGAAAAACAAGAAUACCCUAAAAUCUCUACUCUUCCAGCAAGGAAAAAUCUUGAGAAUGGAGUACACGGAAAAAUAUUGGUUAUCACAGGGGCCACAACAGGAAUUGGUGCGGCUGUUGCUCGAGGUACUUUAGAAGCCGGUGCAAAAUCUGUUUACAAUUUAGACUUGAGAGAACCAUCUAAAAGCCAAGCAGAUGAAUUUGAAUCCUUGCAAGAAGACUAUCCCAAUCAAGCCCAUUACCUUUUUGGUGAUGUCACUAAUACUGAGACCCUCAAGAAAGCAUUCCAAGCCAUUGUAUUGAAGGAAGGUGGUAUUGAUGGAGUUGUUGCUAAUGCUGGUAUCACAAAGAGAAAAGGUUCUCUUGAGUACACAGAAGAAGAAUGGGACUCAAUUAUUGCAGUUAACUUAAAAGGUACUAUUAACACAUGCAUG